AGAAGAAGAAGAAGAGGAUGAGAAGAAGAAGAAGAAGAAGAAGAAGAAGAAGGUCUGUCAUAAAUAGUCUAUUUCUGACAGUUCUGGGACAUUCACUCCAUACAGCUGUUUCAACCGCUGUAUGGAGGGAAUGUCAUAGAACUGUCAGAAAUAGACUAUUAAUGACAGUUCUGGGACUGUCCUUCCAUACAGCGGUGAAACAUUGUAUCUAUUUGUUUCCAUAAAUGGAUCCAUUUAUGGAAACAAAUAGAUACAAUGUUUCAACCGCUGUAUGGAAGGACAGUCCCAGA